CGACCCUCUUCCACAGGCACAACCAUGGAGCAUACCAUCCUCCCCGGGGAGGUGGCCGUGCUGCUCUUCGUUCUGCUCUUGCUGGGCUCCCUUGCGCCCGUGAGAAGACUCUUCCACAUAAGAUGGAUGACCCCGAGUCAGCAUGAAGACGAAAUGCGCUAUGAGGACGAGGAUGGCACGGCAACCAAGGAGUCAAUGGCGGAGUGGUCCAACAAUCGGACCCAUUUCGCCAUUCUGCUCGGGUUGACACUGACUGCUUUCAGUCUCGCAUUUACUAACUUCAUUUUUGCCUUGGCCACCACCCUGCAAGGGAAGAGCUUCGGCGCCGUGGGCCCCAUUUGGCUGCUGCCACCCGCAUGGGGGCUUUUGUUCAUGCAACUGGUAGAGACGUGCUUCCAGGAAGGAUACACCGCGAGGUUCCAGAGUGCCCUCUGGAAACAGGCCCCGAUGGUCUUGAUCGGAGCGAUUGCCUGCGCAGCGCUGGCCGGCCAUGAAAACUACUACGGAGAUCAGGAGGUCGUCACCACGGCCCUGGUUAUUCUGCAGUUGGCUCACACGUUGGCUCUCGUGGCCGUCAUCUGGUGCGUGAAACGCCGCCCCGCGGUCUUCCGCCCGGAUGGCAGGAUGGUGGAUUCGGAAAUGACGGGCAGCCUGUGGGUUCGCUACACAUUCGGAUGGAUUGCACCCUUGCUUGCUGGUGGCAGGAAGGAAGAGUUGAACGAGGCAGACCUUCCGGGCAUGAACCAUCGCGUUCGCUCAAAGGAAGUCACCGAUACCUUCAUCGCCCAAGCCUUGCAGGACACCACACCACUUUGGGUUCGGAUUGCCUGGCACUUUCGCGGCGAACUGGCCCGCCAGUGGAUAGGCACCCUGAUAUCUAAUCUAGGCGAUUUGGCCCCAGCGUUGGCCAACUUGCAGUUACUGCAGUAUCUGGAAACCCGGGGGAGCGCGGACGGAGAUAUGGGAGCAUGGAAAUAUGUUGUUACCAUUGCCCUUGCCAUGACGUGGUGGUCCCUCGGGGAUUCUCGCCUCAUGUGGUGGGGAGGAGCCUACAUCGUUCCUCCUCUUCGAUCCACUCUCACUGGGCUGAUGUAUACCAAGCUGCUGAGAAUGAAGCUAAGCAGUGGACCAUCGGAGGAUAAGCAGGGUGAAGAGAAUGGCCCAUCGAAGUCCCAGCAGGAUAUUAUCAACAUGUUCGCCGUAGACUGCAACCAGGUGGCCAUGUUCGGCAACGAAAGCAAUGAGUACGUGAACAUGUUCGGUAAGAUGGUUGUGUCGGUGGUAUUCCUGUGGUUUUUGAUCGGCUGGCAGAGCCUGGGUGCUGGCCUGUUAGGCUUGCUGAUCGUCUUCCCCGUUAACGAGGCCCUGGCCCGGCGGUACGGAAAGAAGCAGGAACUCCUGAUGAAGGUGAGGGACAAACGAGCUGCGAUCACAACCGAAGCCCUGCAAGGGAUCCGUCAGAUCAAGUUCUCCGCUGCGGAAGACCAGUGGGCCGAUAAGCUGGAGGCCGUGCGCGAAGAGGAGUUAGCCACGCUGUGGAGCACUCGUCUCGACAAUCUCUACAUGACCAUCGGAUCCGAGUUCACGCCAGUCGUGCUGACUGCCAUGUCUCUGACCACGUAUUCGUACAUCCAUGGCGCUCUUCAGCCGUCUGUUGCGUUCACUUCCAUCAGCGUCUUCCUCCACCUUGAAGGAAUUGUCUCUCGCAUCCCAUAUUUGAUUGUCACCGCCAUCACUGCCAAGGUCAGCUGCGACCGACUCGAUACGUUCCUGCGGUCGCCCGAGAGAGAAGUCACUACCCACCCCGGUGAGGCCAUCUCACUCCACAACGCGUCUGUCAGCUUCCCUUCCGUCUCGCUCAACCCCCCGGCCGAUCGGUUCACCCUGCGCGGCCUGAACCUGGACUUCCCAAACAACGCCCUGAGCAUCAUCUCCGGCCCCACGGGGUCGGGAAAGUCCUUGUUGCUCGCAGCAAUCCUUGGAGAGGUGGAGGUGCUGGAAGGCUACAUCCAUGUUCCGCGCGAUGCCGUCCCCCAGGAGCGCUUUGAUGCACAUGCCACCGCGGCGAACUGGAUACUCCCGACGGCACUCGCCUUCGUCUCACAGACUCCCUGGAUUGAGAACGCCACGAUCAAGAACAACAUCCUGUUUGGUCUCCCGUUGGACCCGGUCCGGUAUGAUAAGGUUGUCCAUGCGUGCGCUUUGACCGCGGACUUGGCUCUGUUUGAGGAUGGUGACCAGACCGAAGUCGGCGCGCAGGGUAUCAGUCUCAGUGGUGGCCAGAAGUGGCGGUUGGCGUUGGCCCGGGCUCUGUAUUCCCGUGCUGGAAUUCUCGUUCUGGAUGAUGUGUUUAGCGCCCUUGACGCCCACGUCGGAAAGCACGUCUACGAGAAUGCCGUCAUGGGUCAGCUGGCAAAUGGAAGAACACGCGUUCUGGCCACUCACCACGUGUCUCUGUGCUUGUCGGGCGCAACAUACGCGGUAGGCCUGGCUGCGGAUGGCACACUCGAAUACGCGGGCUUCGUCGAGCAACUCAAGGCUGAUGGAAAGGUGGACUUGACGUCCGAUACGGAGGAAUCAGAGGUCCUGAUCGAGGAUGAAGAGCUGACCGAUUCGGAUACCCCCGUCGCUUCACAGACCGAAGUCAAUGCCGCUCCUCGACCUCCGCCAAAGAAGCUCAUCGAAGAUGAAAAAGUAGAGUUGGGACGCGUGAAGACGUCGGUAUACGCCGGGUAUCUGGACGCAUGUGGCGGAUGGCCAUUCUGGGCCUUCUUGGGCAUUCUCUUUGUCAUAUCCCAGACCUUCACCGUUGGUCGGACCUACUGGGUGCGCAUCUGGACCACUGCCUUUGGGGAACCAGAGGUUUCUUCGCAGUACGCGGCAUGCCAUUAUCAAAACGCCAUGCAGACCCAGCUAGGAGGCUAUUCAACCAACUCGCGAUGUGUCACCGGCGCGGUCUCUUUGCCUAUUGAAACCCAGCACCGGAGCCUGCAGUUUUACCUGGGAAUGUACUGCCUGAUCUCAACCAUCUCUGUUGCCCUGUCCGUCAGCAGGCUAUUCACCAUCUACUCGGGAUCUAUCCGCGCAUCCCGGGCCAUCUUCAAGAGCAUGCUGAACAGUGUUCUCCGAGCCCCUCUACGCUGGCUGGAUACCGUCCCGACCGGACGAGUUCUGAACCGCUUCACAGGUGAUUUCAACCUACUUGACUCGAAUCUGGCUGAAGUCUUCUAUGUGUUUGCUGGAUGCUUCUGGGAGGUCAUGGGCAUUCUGGGCGCCGCCAUAUUCAUCUCGCCGUUCAUGGUCCUGGUUGCGCUUUUCCUUCUGGGAGUAUGUGUUCUGUUUGGGAGAGGCUACGUCAGCGCUGCCCGAAAUGUCAAGCGACUGGAGUCCAACAGUCGGUCGCCGGUGAUCUCGCAUUUCUCUGCCUCACUGACUGGUCUUUCCACCAUCCGGGCCUUCGGGGCCUCCCCCGAGUUCAUCCAGCGUAUGUACGGACUGAUCGAUACGUAUGCCGCCUGCACGUGGUGCGACCGUCUCCUCUGGGGCUGGCUCCACCUGCGCAUCGCCUUGAUCGCCAGCCUGUUUCCCGCGGUGGUGGCGGCCUUCGUCAUCACCUCCCGCAACGUCGAUGCCGGUCUCGCGGGAUUUGCCCUUUCGUUUGCCUUGCAGUUCGGCAUCUCGGCUAGCUGGGGUAUCCGUAUCGCCACCCGCGUUGAACUCUCGAUGAACGCGACCGAGCGCGUGUUCGAAUACCGAGACCUGCAGAUCGAGCCUCAGGACGGAGAGUCCGUGCGGGCUAGUUGGCCAGAGAACGGCCGGAUCGAGGUCAACGAGAUCGAAGUUGGCUACGCAGCGGGAUUGCCGUCCAUCCUGAAGGGGCUGACCUUCACCGCGGAGCCGAACCAGCGCAUCGGUGUGGUCGGUCGGACAGGUGCCGGGAAAUCGACAUUGUCUCUGGCUCUGUUUCGUUUCCUGGAUACACGCCGGGGCAGCAUUAUGAUCGACGGCGUCGACAUCAGCAAGAUUAAACUGCACGACCUCCGCACCCGCCUCGCCAUCAUCCCGCAAGACCCGGUCCUCUUCUCCGGCACUAUCCGGACCAACCUCGACCCAUUGAACCAGUUCACCGACGACGAAGUCCGCGAAGCGCUCACCCGGGUCCAUCUGAUCCCGUCCGGAAGCGCAAGCGGAACCACGACGCCCCAACCUCUCCCCGAAACCACCUCUGGAAACACCAACAUCUUCCUCUCGCUGUCCUCUCCCAUCACCACCGGCGGAUCCAAUCUCUCGCAAGGCCAGAAGCAGCUCCUGUGUCUCGCGCGCGCUAUCCUCUCUCGCCCCAAGAUCCUCAUCCUCGACGAAGCCACCUCCGCCGUCGAUAUGGCCACCGAUCUGCUGAUCCAGCGGUCUAUCCGCGAGGCGUUCUCCAACACCACUCUGCUGGUGGUUGCGCACAGACUGAGCACCGUGGCCGACUUUGAUCGUAUCUUGGUGAUGAAGGAAGGCGCCGCCGCCGAGUUCGGGACUCCGGGUGAGUUGGUGAGCACCGAGGGAGGGCUGUUCCAGGAUAUGGUCAGUAAGAGUGGCGAGGAGGAGAAGUUGAGACAGAUGAUGUUGGUGAGUGAGGAAUAG